UGUGCUUCCUCCGCUCAGGUAGUCUCUCUCCCCCUGGGCCACUCCUGGGGCUGAGGGUUGCCCCUUCCCAGUGAUUUAAUUCCUGUGGGGCUCAGCCCAAAGUGUUACAAGUUCUUUUGUCAUUAACAACAGCAAUGACAGAGAAUUGUGACAUUUUACUAGCACAAAAUCUUAGCACCAGCAAGGCAAGAUCCCCAGGCCCUCAGAGACAUUUCAGGCCUGUAAAACUGACUCUCUCUAUAGGUUCAAAACUUGAUAAGCGUAGAACCUUUGUUCUUAGAUGACAGCUAUUCACACCCCCGGCCCCCGGCACCCCAGGCAGUUUGGCCAGGCCCUGCUGGCAGCCCUCAGGACGAGACAGGAACCGCCAGCCAAGUGGACCAGACCCUCCUGACUGCAGCUGCCUGAGAGAAGCCCUCUCCCCAACCUGGGCUCCUUGACUCUUUACCGGGCCGACUUGUUCCUGGCCUGGGAGGGCAACACAAGGCAGAAAACGAAGUGGUGUGACCCAGUCCCGGGGCCCUUGAGGAAAGCAGUGACAGGCCUGGCUCCAGUCCCACCGGAAGUUCUCUGCCCCUCGGCAUGGACACCUGGGCUUCCUGCCCCACAAGAGGAGCAGCCGGCACCGGGGCAAGGUGAAGACUUGGCCUCGGGACGACCCCAGCCGGCCGGUGCACCUCACGGCUUUCCUGGGCUAUAAGGCUGGCAUGACUCACACUCUUCGAGAAGUGCACCGGCCGGGGCUCAAAAUUUCGAAGCGGGAGGAAGUGGAGGCAGUGACGAUUGUGGAGACGCCGCCUCUGGUGGUGGUCGGCGUUGUGGGCUACGUGGCCACUCCUCGAGGCCUGCGGAGCUUCAAGACCAUCUUUGCAGAACACCUCAGUGAUGAGUGCCGUCGCCGCUUCUACAAGGACUGGCACAAGAGCAAGAAGAAAGCCUUCACCAAGGCCUGCAAGAGAUGGCGUGACGCCGAGGGCAAAAAGCAGCUGCAGAAAGACUUUGCCGCCAUGAAGAAGUACUGCAAAGUCAUUCGUGUCAUUGUCCACACUCAGAUGAAGCUGCUGCCUUUCCGGCAGAAGAAGGCCCACAUCAUGGAGAUCCAGCUGAAUGGCGGCACGGUGGCUGAGAAGGUGGCCUGGGCCCAGGCCCGGCUAGAGAAGCAGGUGCCGGUGCACAGUGUGUUCAGCCAGAGCGAGGUCAUCGAUGUCAUUGCCGUCACCAAGGGCCGGGGGGUCAAAGGGGUCACGAGCCGCUGGCAUACCAAGAAGCUGCCACGGAAGACCCACAAGGGACUGCGCAAGGUGGCCUGCAUCGGCGCCUGGCACCCUGCCCGUGUGGGCUGCUCCAUCGCUCGGGCCGGGCAGAAGGGCUAUCACCACCGCACGGAGCUCAACAAGAAGAUCUACCGUAUUGGCCGCGGGCUGCACACGGAGGACGGGAAGGUGGUCAGGAACAAUGCGUCCACCAGCUACGAUGUGACGGACAAGUCCAUCACGCCACUGGGCGGCUUCCCCCACUACGGGGAAGUCAACAAUGACUUCGUCAUGCUGAAGGGUUGCAUCGCGGGCACCAAGAAGCGGGUCAUCACGCUGAGGAAGUCCCUCCUGGUGCACCACAGCCGCCAGGCCCUGGAGAACAUCGAACUCAAGUUCAUCGACACCACCUCCAAGUUUGGCCACGGCCGCUUCCAGACGGCCCAAGAGAAGAGGGUGUUCAUGGGUCCCCAGAAGAAACAUCUUGAGAAGGAAAAGUCCGAGACCUCGAGAGACCUGUAGGCGGCUUGGGAUGGAGGGAGCCUGAAGGAAGCGCGGCGCGACCCCUGCCUGCCCCCUCUGUCUAAUAAAGUGCGAAGGCGACUCUU